AUAGUUACACAAGAGGGGAAACAAGGCAAUCAGGUCCACUUUGCGGCGUGGGUUAACUGGUACAUAAAGGCCAACAGUCUGUUGUUUUACAACGACGAAUACGACGACGUCAAGCCUGUAAAAAAGCCGCUAAAGCCACGGCGUCGGCUAACAACUAAGACUGAGGAUGAGUACAAUCGCAGAGUCGCUGAGUGGGAGGCAUCUCUGCCUCGGGAGCCAGAGGUAAAAAAGCCGGGUAACUCUAUGAGAGCUUCCUACUACGUCGAGAAAAUACUACCCUGGUAUAGAGACGCCUUUCAACACCUCCAAUCGCGAUCGAACGAGCUGCGCGGCCACCUCCCCCGGGAGCAACGAUACACCUGGUAUAUCGUAGAGGACAGCGAUCCCUCUCACGGCAAUAAAAACAGCGCCUCUCUGCCAGCUAUAUAUAGGCAGGAGCAUGGGCUGCCUCUGCUAGAUCACCCACCUAAUUCCUGCGACCUCAGCGUUAUUGAGGGCGUAUUCAACAUCCUCAAAGAACGGGCCAAAGAGCGCCUCUCUGAGUGCAACACCAUACAAGAAGUCAAGGACCUGCUGCAAGAUGAGUGGAGUAAGAUUACUCAGGACGAAAUACAGCGCCGAAUUAUUGAGUUGCCCUGGCGUUGUGGCCAGGUAGCGCGCGACGGCGAGAAACGCGUAAAAUCAAGGCUCUGGUAA